AAACAUAUUUUCUGUCCACCCUCGAGAUCACAUUGCACUCAUAACCACCAUGGCUGAGCACCACCAUCACCAUCACCAUCACCACCCUCACCACCACUCUCAUCAUCACAAGGAUGGAACUCAAGUUGACUAUAAAAAGGAAGAGAAGCACCACAAGAAUCUGGAGCACCUUGGUGAAAUGGGAGCAGUUGCUGCUGGUGCUUUUGCAUUGCAUGAGAAGCACAAAGCAAAGAAAGAUCCAGAGCAUGCCCACAGGCACAAGAUAGAGGAGGAGAUUGCAGCGGCAGUCGCGGUUGGAGCUGGUGGAUUUGCCCUCCAUGAACAUCAUGAAAGGAAAGAGGCCAAGAAAGAAUAUAAGGAGACUCAUGGAAAGAAGCACCAUCAUCACUUUGGUUGAAAAUAAAAAAUAAAAAUAAAGACAUGAGAGAGUGUGUUGUUCCCAGUUAGCAACUAUCCUAAUGAUUAGUUAAUGUUUGCUGUUUUAGAUCUGUGUAUGAAUUUCGUGUGUUAAGCUUUCAUAGUUUCACUAAUAGGCUUGUAGUUUGACUUUUAAGCCUCUCUCUCUAUAUAUAUGAAAUAUU